GCACGCAUCUCACCCCGUUCAACCCCUCAAAGCUUUCGCAAAACCGAUGCGACGCUGCCGCGAAUGCGAACCAUCUCGUGUUCAAGGGGACCUGCGCCACAUGCUUUGAAGUAGACUUUCUUCGGACUCUCAAGGCACCUUUUUUUUUAAAAAGGGUGUAAUCGUCGACUUUAUUGGUGGCUUCAGCACUUCGACCAUGAUGCCACGCUCGAGCUUCUCUGAUAACCCCCUAUUGAGGGUUUCCAGGCCAGUGUCGGCUUGCUCACGAUGUCGAACAGCCAAAGUCAAGUGUGAUGGAAAGCUUCCCGCUUGUACCGCCUGCGAAAAGGCAGGGCGCGAAAGCGAAUGUUCUGCAGCCAACGACCAGUUUGCUCGCGGCAAGGAGCGCAGCUAUGUCGCGGCACUUGAGCUUCGUGUUGAGAAAUUAGAGAGGCGGCUCAAGUUUGCCAAGUCUCGAAAGGCAUCCAUGGCCCUCCACGAUGUCGAUGCACCUCUUGCACACUCGGAUGAUCGCAAAGGCUCUAUGGCCAAUAUACAUGCAGCCAUCUACAGGAAGGCUGCCAGACAGAGGGAGAACUCAGAUGUUAAUGCACUAGUCUCCGACUUUGGCUUUUUGUCGGUAAACGCAACUGCGCAGGACUUCGAGCCCUCAGUUAGCAACAUGACAUUUGCGAGGCUUUUGUUGGCAGCUUCGACCGCAGAUCCCCUGCCAGAACCCCAAACAGACGCCAACCCGCCCCGCGAUGUCGCUCGUGGACUUGUCAAGUACUAUCUCGACAACAUCUAUGCUUUGCAUCCUUUCUUUCCCGAUGUCCAACUGCAUUCUGCUGUUGAGAACCUCUACCAUGAUGACCGGCGACAUCUCAAGCACCAUGAUUGCUGGCUGUUCUGGAUGGUUCUUGCGAUUGCAUCGACGGCUCAGAGUCACAGUUGUAACGACGAAUACUAUCGAAACGGCGUCGAGUAUGUCACCAGGGCCAUGACAUUUGCCGAUAUGGCCCUGAUGCCUGGCAAAGAAACCCAGAUCAGAUCGCUUUUGUUACUCACGCAGUACUCUCUCUUUGACCCCGCUCACUUUGACAGCUGGCAUCUGAUUGGGUUCACUUGCCGUGCCGUCAUUGAUCUUGGCUUCCAUCAAGACCCAUCAUCCGCAGAGCGAAUCGACAAGUUCAAGCUAAACCUGCGGAGGAAGAUUUUCUACUGCGCAUAUGCUCUUGACAGGUGCAUCGGAAUGAUGUCUGCUAGAGCCUUUUCUUUCACGGAUGACGCCGUCAAUGUGGCACUACCCAGUAUGACUGGAGUUGGCCGCAUCCCGUCCAUUAGCGGCACCAUCAAGGGUCCCGAGUCAUCGGAUCCAGCGAUUUUGUUGUUUCAGCUCCGUCAGACUCAGUCACAUUGGUACCAGACUUUAGUCCAAUCCGACCCCUCUGUGCCGCUCGAGAAUGCAGCCAGCUAUGUUUGGCAAAUGUGCCACGAGAUGCGUGAAUGGUUCGAAUCGCUUCCUGACGGCAAUGAAGGACUACCAACCGCCAUUCGCCAAUUAUUUGAGCUCGAACUCAAGUACAGCUAUGUAUACUGCAUCGCGCCUAGUUCGCGCGCGCCCACCAUAACGUCUCACGCCAGACUUUUGAUAUUCGAGUACGCGGUGGCCUAUAUGAAUGACGUGUACGACAUGGUGCACCCUCCAGACGAGAAACCGCAGAUUGUGCUUGGCGAAGUGAAGUCCUCGCCUUCCGUGUCAGCAUGGGCCUUGCUUACCUAUGAUCAAGCCUUGAGGGUCUAUUUUAUGGGCUCACAGUUUCUCGCUGUCAUGGACGAGAUGGGUGAAACACUACUGUCCGAAGCACCAGUGGCCAUCCCUCUCUCGCUCCCGGGAACCGCCCCUCCACCACCUAUGCCCGAAAGACGCGGCGGUGAUAAUUUGGACAGAAGCUUGGCAUGCGUUGAAAAAACGAUUGCGACGCUGAAAAAGUUUGGCGAUCGAUGGAACAUCGCGAACAUGCUUGCGCAAGAGUUUGACAGAAAGAGCAAGGAUCUGUGCCAGAGGAUUGAGGAACUCAAAGUCUUGAGGAGCGAACAGCAAGAACAACAGCGCCAACAGCUCCAGCAGCAACAAGACCAAAAGCCGCACCACCACCAGCACCAGCCACAUCAUCAACAUAAUCGAUCCCAGACACAUGUGUCUACGCCACACCUCCAACAUCAGGUACCGCCUCCGCCCCAGUACGCAAUGCCCAUGGGCCAACACUCUAUACCCCCGAUGAGUCCUCCUUUACAGCAACAUAUGUCACCGUCUGCUGGCCACAUAUCGCCCCCUGCACGGGGAGGUGGUAUACAAAUGAUGGGGGCGCCUCCACCACACGCCAACAUGAUGCCUGGAGGCUAUUCUGCUCAGCCCCACAUGCAACAAGCACAUUACCAUCACCAACAGCCUUUUCCCGGCCAACUAAGCCCUUUACCGCCCCAGGUCCAACAACAUCCGCCGGUACAGCACCAUACACAGCCGGCCGAGGUUAACUGGGCACCAGUCGAUAUCAACGAGAUUAUGCGCCAGGGCGGCGGUAUAUAAACGACUAUGCCAUCUUUGAUAAUAUCGGUUACUGAUGGCCUCUUUUUUUUUCCUGAACGGGUUUACCUAGCCAGCUAGAUGACUAGAUCUUGGGAAUGACUUUUGGAUACUUUCUUUGCCCGAGUCAAACUUGACUUGGUCACAGUUGAUUUCAUAGCAGAUAUGUCAACAUGAUAGAUGUAAUGUAGCGUAAAUAACACUCUUCAUUUUGCAUAGGUUUCCACCACCCGAUUCCGAAUAGCUCAGUUGUCUUUGUACCAAUC